CAGGGUGUGGGCUAGGGCGCCGGACCCCACGCUCGCGGGUGGCCCGCCCCGCCCGGCUCUGCCGGUCUGUGAGGGCCUUGCCGCCGCCUCUCAGGCGACCCGAUGACCUCGGAGGGCCUGGCGGGGGCGCUGGCGGCAGUGCUGGGGGGCCAGGGGCUGAUCGUGCAGGGCUAUGACUCGGAACCGGCCGGGAAGCCUCCGGCGCCGGUGCGGCUGCGGAAGAACGUCAGCUACGUGGUGCUGGCCGUGUUCCUCAACGAGCAGGAUGAGGUGCUACUGAUCCAGGAGGCCAAGAGAGAGUGCCGGGGAUCAUGGUACCUGCCAGCGGGGAGAAUGGAGCCUGGGGAGACCAUUGUGGAGGCGCUGCAGCGGGAGGUGAAGGAGGAGGCUGGGCUGCACUGUGAGCCUGUGACACUGCUGUCUGUGGAAGAGCGGGGCCUCUCCUGGAUCCGCUUCGUGUUCCUCGCUCACCACACAGGUGGAAUUCUCAAGACUUCCAGCGAGGCAGAUGAGGAGUCCCUGCAGGCUGCCUGGUACCCUCGGACUUCCCUGCCCACUCCACUGCGGGCACAUGAUAUCCUUCACCUGAUUGAGCUAGCUGUGCAGUACCGCCAGCAAGCCAGUCACCCUCUCAUUCUGCCCCGAGAGCUUUCGUGCAAUGUGGUCUGCCAGCGGCUUGUGGCCACCUUUAUUAGCAUCCAGACAGUGUGGGUGUUAGUGAGCACAGUGGGCGUGCCUCACUUGCCUGUCACUGUCUCUGGCCUCACCCCCAUGGAGCAGAGGGGUGGCAUCAAGAUGGCUGUCCUGAGGCUGCUGCAGGAGUGUCUGACCCUGCACAAUUUGGUGGUGGAGACCAAGGGGUUACUUGGACUGCAGCACCUGGGCAGAGACCAUACAGAUGGUAUUUGUCUGAAUAUGCUGGUGACUGUGGCUUUUCGGAAUCCAGGUGUCCAGGAUGAGCCUCCAAAGAUUCAGGGUGAGAACUACUCUUGGUGGAAGGUGAUGGAGGAAGACCUACAAAGCCAGCUCCUACAGCGGAUUCAGGAAUCCUCUGUUGUCCCACUGAACAGAUAGGAAGGGGGCAGCAGGGGCUGGGAGCUGGGUAGCUGUGCUCCCUUCAGUGUGGCUUUGCCUCCCUCUGACAGAGGCAGGAGGCUGUCGAUCAGGGAUCUCGUUGCCUUGGGCAUGGGGCAUUUCUUGGGCUUUCAGGAGCAGGCCCCUACAUUGUACCACAAGGGACUGUGCCUUUAACUGAGCAAGGAGUCUAAAGUACAGAACCUGAUUGCCCUGAGGGCACACUGAGGCUUCUCCCUAGGGGGUGUGGGGAUGGGGAGUUCUCUAAACCCCAGAUGGCAUUUGCUCAUCACUUUCUGUGUCCACCUUGGCAAAGGCCUGGGUCUUGAUCUCACCAGGCCCUUAGAACCUAGAGGGGCACCUUGCUGAGUAAACAGGUGUUGCUUA